GACACUGUCUACGUGGCACCGCGUUUUCCCAUCUCUGUCCUCCUCCGACGGCGUUUACCAGUCUCCAAAAUUCUCACCCUCUUUCCUUUCGUCAGCGUCUUUUCUCGAAAACCCUGAACAAACACAACUCUCACAACUUCAUCGCUCACUUUUCCGAUUGAAUUGCUCGCGGAGGUGGACAAAUUUAGAUGGAUUUAGCUCCCUAUGCAUCACAUACCUCGAAUUUUCUCUAGCAAGGGAGCCAAAGCCAUGGAUCCGAAGAAGAACCGGGGGAAGCCGAGGCUGGAGCGCCGGAAUGCGGCGAGGCACUUUGAUUAUGACGCCACUUCGACGUCGUCCUCGCUCGACGACUCGUCCUCGUCGCCUUCGCUCUACACGCGCUCCUUCGACUUGGACCGGACAAGCUUCCGGGUCGAGGGAAAGGAGGGGGAUAUGGAGCGGAUAUACCAGACCUUGGGCCUCGGCCCCGAAGACUUCUCCAUAUCGGAGGAGGACUGGGUGGCGCGGAAGAUCCGGUCGUCUUCGGAUCUGCUCCCCAUGUCCAGAUUGUACCAGUUGGAUAGUCUGGAUAGCCCGAAACCCGACGAAUUGAGGGAAGUGGUGGCCGAGUUGUGCGAUAGAGUUGGGGAUGUUACUGUUACGGUGACUGGGUUGACUCAGGCUGACUUGGCAGGUCCAAGCGGGUUAUGUAAUGCUGCUGCUGCUACUACUACUUCUACCACAGGCGGUGGUGUUUGUAUUGGGAUUAAGGGUGUACGGCCGCCGGUGCUUAAGCCGCCGCCGUCGAUGAGAGUUCCGGUGGUCGACGAUGGAUGCUCAACUUGGGACCUUUUGAGGGACUUCGCGCCGGAAGGCGAGGGAGACUCGGUCCAGAAGAGGCUUGAGUAUUCUUCUUCUGCUUCUUCUUGUUGUGGCGAUGAAGAAGAAGGAGAGGUUGGAGAGGAGGGUGCUGUGGAGGCUGGGGUUAGAGAGACUGUGCCGCUCUCAGAAGGGUGUUCGUUUACGACGUCGAAUGAUGAUGACUCUUCUAGCACUACCACUGUCUCUCCGAAUGAGAGGUUUUCGCCCAAUGGGAGGCUUAAGCUUAUAAUCACUCACUGGGAAAAGGGUGACCUUCUGGGUAGUGGGUCUUUCGGGUCUGUGUAUGAAGCAAUUUCUGAUUGCGGAUGCUUCAUUGCUGUGAAGGAAGUUUCCUUGCUGGAUAAAGGAAGUCAGGGGUUGCAAAGAGUUUAUCAACUUGAACAGGAGAUUGCUCUUUUGAGUCAGUUUGAACAUCAAAACAUAGUUCAAUACUACGGAACCACUAAGGAUGAAUCAAACCUUUAUAUCUUUCUGGAGCUUGUAGCUAAAGGCUCCCUCCAGAAACUCUAUCAGACGUAUCGUCUUACAGAUUCUCAUGUCUCUGAAUACACAAGACAGAUCCUGCAGGGUCUGAAGUAUCUUCAUGACCGAAGAGUGAUUCACAGGGACAUCAAAUGCGCAAAUAUUUUGGUGCAUGCAAAUGGUUCUGUGAAGCUCGCAGAUUUUGGAUUGGCAAAGACUAUCCAGAUGAACGACAUCAAAUCUAGCCAGGGGACUGCAUACUGGAUGGCCCCUGAGGUUGUUAAUCGGAAACACCAGGGAUAUGGGCUUCCAGCGGAUAUAUGGAGCCUUGGAUGCACUGUAUUGGAGAUGUUAACCAGACGGGUUCCAUACCCUAAUCUUGAAUGGAUGCAGGCAUUAUUUAAGAUUGGAAAGGGAGAGCCCCCUCCGGUUCCCGAUUCUCUUUCGAAAGAUGCACAAGAUUUCAUCCAUCGAUGCCUACAAGUUAAUCCAGCGAAUCGUCCUACUGCUGCUCAGCUCUUAAAUCAUCCAUUUCUUAAUAGACCCCUUACGACAUCUUCUGGAUCAGGGUCUCCUUACCAUCACCGUGGGCCGAGUUGAAAACAUUUAUUCAGCUAUAAGUUGUGAUGGUAAUAAGCUCUGUCCAACACUACAGUACAGAUGCAGGACAAUUUAUCCCCGCUCUGUAACUUGCUCCGGUCUAUCCAGCGUUCAGCCAUCAAAUCUUUGGCUUACGCUUGUAGAGUGCGUAUGUGUUAUAACUUCAUCAAUUUUCACAGGAUCGGCUGACAGGAUCCAUGAGUUUCAAAGAACAAUGAACGGUCCGCCACCUUCCUGCUGUAGAUCUUGCACCAUGGAGCAUUCUGGUAUUGAAUUAUUCUAGUGUCAGUUUGUCUGUUGUAGGAAUAUGAUUUUUCGUCCUCUCUAUUUUUCCCCAGUUUGAUAGGUGUUUGAUAUCUCAUGUCUUUUCCCCUUGUAGUUUCAAAUUAAGUUAAUUAGUGGGUUAAAGAUUUGUAUUGGCAAGUUGUGGUAGGUAUUUUUGUAAGCAUUGGAAAGGAAUCACGAUUUGUAAAUAAUUUAUUAUUUGACAGUGUCA